ACCCGAGCCGGGUAAAUUUAACUCUGGGCUGGGUGUGUAACGGAGGAAUAAGAGAAGCCCGGCAUCCCGUUUCGAGUUUCUUCGCAUCUUCUUCUUCACCUUCAAUCUCACAGUGUAAUUCACCGAUUCUAAUGGCGAGCCGCUCAGACAAAUCAUCAAAGCGACGCAAGAAGAAGCGCGUGGACGACACUCUAACCACAUCCUCCUCAUCGUCAUCGGAAUCUUCGAGUUCCGACAGUGAAGACAACGGAAAACGAUCCCGCAGGCGGCGAAAACACAGCAAGCGUCACCGGAGCAGAGAGAGGAGCAGUUCGAGGAGACACAGAGAUGAUAAGAGGGAGAAACGGAGGAAGCAUCGUCGGAGAGAGAAGAAGAAUGCGUCUGAGUCGGAGUCCGAGUCAGGUAGUGAGUCGGAACGAGUUAGGGAUAAGCCCGAGGAUGUGAUUAGGUUCAUUUUGAACGAGUUCUCUGGCGUUGCUGCCGAUUUGGAGCAGCUUCUGAAAAUGAUUGAUGAUGGACAAGCUGUUGAUAUAAGUGGACUGUCAGAAAAAUCUUUGGUCAAGCAUCUUAGAAAGUUGUUUUUAUCAUUAGAUCUCAAGGAGAGUCAUGAGUUGGUCUUUCUCUUGCCUCCGAAUGUUUGUCCCACACUAAAGGUUGUAGGAUCCAUCAUACACCCUAAUGUGGAACCUCCUGUGCAAAAUAUCGAUAAUCCCGCACCUGAAAUUGAUGUACAAGAAGUGCCAUCAGAUGUAAAUACUAGACAUAUGCCUGAAGAUUUUAACAUGAAGUUGCCAUCUCCAAGGCAAGAUGUUGCUGGUCCUAAAAGGAGGGUCAUUGGUCCUGAGAUGCCAUCUGCUGAGUUGCUUGCUGCAGCAGCUAAGUUGACAGAGGCCGAGGCUGAACUACGGGAUGCAGAGAUGGAUGGAGGCGAUGGAGGAUUAUUUAUUGGGCCUCCACCUCCAGCUGUGGUGAAGGAAGCUGAAUCAGCAAAUGAGGCUGAGCGUUUUGAAGAGGUCACACGGAUUAUGGGUGCUGAUGUUGAUAGUCCAUAUGAUGUUGUUGGUGUCAACAGAAAUAUGCCCGCUGAGAAUAUCAAGAAAAGGUACUGGAAACUGUCCCUUAUGGUGCAUCCGGAUAAAUGCCCUCAUCCUCAAGCCAAUCAAGCAUUUAUCAUUUUGAACAAGGCCUUUAAAGAUUUACAAGAUCCGGAUAAGCGUAAAGCGAUGGAUGACAAAAUUAUACAGAAAGAGGAACAGGAGAGGUUUAAGGUAGAAUUGAAAGAAAUGCGCGAAGCUGCACACUGGAGGCGGUUGCAAGGUUUAUCCAUGGAGGGUGAUGAAGCUCUCUUGGCAGAUAUGGACGUUAAAGUUGAAAAGAAAAGAGACGAAUGGAUGACAACUUUACCUCCUGAGCGAAAACCAGGUGUGACUACUCAGUCUACAAAAUUUAACAGGAAUACUAAAGAAGGCCGUGGUGAUACUAGUGCCUGGACAGAUACCCCUUUAGAGAGAGCUCAGAGAGCAAAAAUGAAUUACUUGGAAGCUUAUAAUACAGCUACAGCACUUGCCUCAAAUGAUCAGCAAAACCAAACCACAAAUAUGGACGCAGAGUUGGUGGACAAGUAUAAUAAAGCGAAAAGGUCGAAGUCGCUGGUGGAGAAGCAUCAAGAAACAGCUGGUAAGCGUUCGAAGAAAAAAGCGAAGCAAGAUUCCUCAAAGGAUGAGUGGCAGGGGCAACAUCCAUGGAAGCCCUGGGAUCGUGAGAAGGAUUUGACAGCUGGGCGGCAAAAUGUUAAACUUGACGCUGAAAACAUGUCUCAAGGUCUAUCUUCUAGAUUCUCUUCCGGAUCAUUCCAGAGAAAUUUUCUGUAAGAGUAAGAGUGAAGAUGUUCCUAGUAAUAUGCUCCCCCCCUAAAGUUCUAUGUUUCAGAAGCAUCUUUAUAGUGAAAUUGAGUUCUUAUACAGAAAGCUUCUGGAGUUGAGCCUCGGUUCCUGGUUUGGUAAUAUAGAGUAGCUCAUCCUUGCAGCUCCUCGUGACUUGUGUGCACAUCUCAGAGUUGUCGAUCUUUAGAUGUUUUCUGUAUAAUUUAUAUGCUAAUUAUUACAUGUUGAGCUUGUAUUCUUCCAUUUGAGAAGUUGAAAUUGUUGCAACAAAGAUUUAAUACUAGGAAGUUGAGCGUAACGGGAUUAAUAAGAAAUUACAGUAUGCAGUUUGAAAUGA